AAAGCAAAAGAAGGAAAAAAAAAGGCUCCAAAAACUUUUCAGUUGACUCAGUCGGAUUUGGAGGAGGGAAGACCACGACGAAGAGAUGAAGUGUUUCCACUUCACCAAUGGCGGCGACAAAAGAGGAGGAGAAGAAGGAGAAAACAGCGUCGUUUCGCGAGCUUCGAGACUCUCGUGGGCUCGCUCGUUGAGCGUGGCGUCUUCGAGCGCUUCCGACCCGACUCGCCGGUCCGAGUUUGACUCGGAUUGGAGCUUCUCACCGGAGCGUUUCGGUUUCCGCAAGCCGCUGAGUCAACGCUGGACCGGUGGAGUCGCCGAAGAGAACGAUCUGAAGGUGUUCACUUACGGUGAGCUGAAACUGGCCACGAAAGGUUUCAGCAGAGCUCUUCUUAUCGGGGAAGGAGGGUUCGGUUGCGUUUAUAGAGGCGUCGUCGAUGGGUUCGACUCGAAGAUCAAUGUCGCCGUGAAACAGCUUAAUCGUCAAGGUUUACAGGGGCAUAAAGAAUGGAUCAACGAGGUGAGUUUCUUAGGAGUAGUGAACCAUCCAAACCUUGUGAAGCUAGUUGGGUACUGCGCUGAUGACGAUGAAAGAGGGAUGCAACGGCUAUUAGUUUACGAGCUUAUGUGCAAUAAAAGCUUGGAGGAUCAUCUUGUAGGCAGAGUAAUGUCUGUCUCUCUUCCAUGGAUCACUAGGUUGAAGAUUGCUCAAGACGCUGCUCAAGGCUUAGCUUAUCUUCAUGAACAAAUGGAUUUUCAGUUGAUUUUUCGAGACUUCAAGUCUUCAAACAUCUUGCUUGAUGAGAGAUUCAGUGCUAAGCUCUCUGAUUUUGGAUUAGCUAGGCAAGGACCACCUGAAGGACUUGGUCAUGUCUCAACUUCAGUUGUAGGUACGGUUGGUUACGCGGCUCCUGAGUAUGUACAAACGGGUAAACUGACAGCAAAGAGUGAUGUAUGGAGCUUUGGGGUGGUGUUGUAUGAGCUGAUCACUGGAAGACGAGCAGUUGACAGAAACAGACCUCGAGGAGAGCAGAAGCUUCUAGAAUGGGUGAAGCCUUAUGUAUCAGACUCCAAGAAGUUCCAUGUGAUUGUUGAUCCACGGCUCCAAGGACAGUACUACUGUAUAAAGUCUGUUCAAAGAGUGGCUGCUUUAGCAAACAAAUGUCUAAUGAAGCAACCGAAAUCUCGACCGAGGAUGAGCCAAGUCGUUUCGCUUCUUGGAAGCAUUAUCGAUGAAGAGACUGAAAACGCUCCUGCGCCACUUGGGGAUGAAACAGAAGAGAUCACCGAAGCUGAGGUAAGUGGAGAGAGCGAGCCCGAGAUGACUAAGCAAGGGAGUCAUUAUCUGAAGAAGGUUCUUGAUCUGAGGGAUAAGAUGAGUUUAAACAAGUCGCUUUCCAAGCUAGACUGGCGAAACUGGACACCGGGGCUGGUUAGAACAUGGUAAAGAUAGUUUUGUUUCACUGUAGAUAAUGUUCUUAGCCAGAGAACUCAAAGUAGGCAAUGGAAGUCUCUAAGUUGUUACUAAUCGAAUGACUUUGUUGUGUGUUUGCUUGUCUGUAUAUAUGUUUGGAAAGCAUCUA